AUGGAUUCCCAGGAAGACGAUAUAUCUUGCAUUUUUGAUGCCUCUUACUCAGGAUCAUCACUUAGCCGUUCUUCAUUAGUUUGGAGAGGAGAAAAUGAGAUGAAAAUAAUCAGGAGCAGUAGUUAUGCAUAUAACAUAGACGAUAGUAUCGAGCACUUUGACUAUUCAGAAUCGCUUUUCCGCUCUCUCGAAAUGUCCUCAAUGCCAGAUCUUGUUUAUCACAAAUCCGAUGAUAUUGAAAAUGUUCACGAGCCUAGUCGUCGUCGGGAUUUUUCUGCCGCUCCGGAUUUCUAUCACGGAUCAUAUCACAAUAUCUCAGAAAGUAUUGUUAAUCUAUCAGCAUUUAUGAAAAAUCAAAACGAACCUUUCAGACAAUCUUCACGAAAAGAUAAGGUACCUGCAAAUAGCGACCAAACCGGGGUUGAAAACCAUAGAGCUGUUUCAGAUUUCCAACCUUUGAGCGGUAAUGUGGUCUUAGAGUCGACCAAUGAGCCCAAAAUGCAAUCGUCAACUCAAUCUACAGUGAUGGAUGCGAAAACUGAAUCCUGUAUAGAAGUCCCUGGAACUUUUACUCAAAACAGUCCUUACGAUAUUGAGAUGGAGGUUCUUGUCAUUCCCAUGGUAAAUGAUUUCAACAAAACAGAAAUACGUAUUCCGACCACCAGUUUGUCCUUAGAUAAGAAGAAAGUCCUUAAGAGAAUUGCUGCUGAAAACGAGCUUACAUCAUUGUAUAUUGGAAAAGGCAAAUCUAGAUACCUCGUCCUUCGUAAAAAGGCAUCUUUAUUGCAGAAACAAGCUGCCGAAAGAGACGCCCGAAUAAAAAUUGAACUUGAGAAGAAGAGGAAGUUGGAGGAAAUGCCUAUCCCGGUUGAAGAUCCAUCUCCUGUUAGUCAACCGUGUCUCUGUACAGUAUCAAUACAAACGCCUUCAAAAAUUGAUGCAUCGAAUAGUAAUGGAAUAGGCAAAGCCAAAGCUAAAAAGACCUCAGCAACGGGCACGUCUGGUGACACUUCAAUGAAUGCGGCAGAAAGGCGAAAGGCAAGACGGGCAGCUGAACGACUCAGAGCUCAAAUGAUGGAAGAAGCCAAAACGAGAAAAAGAGAAACAGUGAUGCAAACCUGCCCUCUUGAUUGGAUAAUCUGUCCCUGGUGUACAAAGGAUAUACCACCAGCAGAACAAUGUGGACAUAUUGCAAUGUGUCGAGCACUCCACCGUCAACAGAACCAAGAGGCGAUGGCUAAGGCCCAGUUGGAGGACUUUAGAAGGAAUAAGCAUAAGAACCACCCAGUCGACCCCUAUCUUGCUGCUGCGCUCAAGCGUCAAAACCUGAUUGAAGCACAGUUGAAAGAGGUCCAUCCAAAUGAUGUUAAUGGAAUGCUUCACGCUGCUCAACGUGUCUGUGCUGUUCCUAACUGCACUCAUAUCGUUUCACCAACGUCGGGUGGCCAAUGCUCUCACUGUCGCUUUAGCUUCUGCCCCCAACAUCGGCCACCUCACACUGGACAUUCUUGUUCUACUGCACUAAGUGUCGAGAAACUGAACAGGUCAACUGACGAGGAGGAUGCUAUUGCUGACAGACAGGCUAUUCUCAAACAACGUAUGCGCCAGCGAAUUAAUAAUAUGGCAGAGAGACGGCGAAGAUAA